AAAAACACGCACUGUGAUUGGCUGAGAAGAAGGAGAGUUGAAAGUUGAAUCGUGAACUGACAGAAGAAACAAAGAGUAGAAGCAGCGAUAACUAGAGUUUAACACUCAUAACUCUUCGUCUGGACGCAGCGGUGGUUUGCCCACAGAGUAACGUCUACAGUUGGUAAGACAUGAGUGGCACAGUCCGCCAGAUCACAAUAACCACUGAUCCAAGUACCCCCUACUUCCUGCGAGUGGACUGGGCAGAGGACCUGGGUGCUGGAUUUACAUUAGCUCUCACUGAUGGCAGCUCGGCGUGGAUCGGAGAAGUUUCAGAAGAUGAGGUGACAAAGGAAGCCAGUGAACUGGGAGUCACAAGAGAAAACUAUGUGAAGGAUCUUCUUCUAGCACUAACAAGGAGUGGUAAAGGAAGAGGAGGACGACGGAGAGGGAGCGACAAGAAGGCGUAUUCUUUCCACCUGACUCCAGAUCACUGUCAUCUCUCAUAUCAGAAGUUCUGUGAUGACAUCACGGUGGACUUGGGCUCGGUGGAGCUCCAACCGGCUCCAGACCCUCUAGAGCUGAACCGGGAGAUGAUUGGCCAGUCCCUGAAGCGCAGCACAGAUCUGCAGUCAGAAAACUGCCGGCUACUGGAGGAGAACUGUGGACUGAAACAGGAGCACCAUCGAAUACUCACAGAGCUGGAGAAGCAUGUUCAGGAUAAGAAGAUGAUGGAGAAGAAGCUUUACUCACGUUUUGUCCUGGUGCUGAAUGAGAAGAAGGCGAAGAUCCGGGGCCUGCAGGACACCGUCCACCAGCUCCAACAGACCGCUGACAAGCAGCACAGUGACGAUGAAGCAACUGUGGAUGAAGAUGGCAGUCAGAACAGAGGAGAGGAGACCGUUCCGAGCAGCCAUCCAUCUCAGGAGCAAACCAUCCUAAUCACAGGUCGUAAUCUUGUGUGCCACGGCGUCACUGUGGACCACACGUUUUCUGAUAACGAAGACGUACAACCGAGACGGAAGCGCAGGUUACUUCGCGCUCCAAGCACCGAGUCCUCUGAGCAGGAAUAAAAUCACAGAUGAUAUCCAGGACUCGUCAACAUGAUUGAAGCCCUAAAUCGAAUGCCUUUUUUCUGAUGAACAAGUUUUCUGGAUCCCUAUCGAGCUAUGUGGUGAGCUGGUCAACGCUUAUCUCAAUACACACAACCAAAACCGUGACAACCAGGCAACCGCAUCCUGAAGGUGGCCCCAGUCUUUAUGCCAGAUUUGGUCCCAAAUUGUGAAAGCGAUUUUCAGAAAACACAAGCAUGUUACUGCCAUCUGGUUUGCUUUAACUGCGACAAUUACCUGCCAGAGUUCUCACGAGAGACUGGCUGCUCGCCUUGCAUCCUCUAUAAAUGAUGAGAGGAUGAACAGUCGAUCACAGCCGGUUGUGCCGUAGAGGCUUUGCCCAGAUGCGUUAGUAUUCGUGUGGUAAUAUUCACUAAAUGCCCAGCAGUGCUUCCUCAGGAGCUGAUGGCGCUGCUGGUAAAGACAUGGAGAGCAUGGCAGAGAACUGUGACCAGGAGUAUGGAAGCAAUUUCUCAAGAGCUUGACUUCACCCUGUGCUCGAACUUGCGCUGCCAAGCCCCUUGGCCUUGGCUCUGUGUUAGACCAGAGGAAGAGUAACAACUACUGCGGCACAACAGGCUACACCCAGAAAACAGGGUGUCACCACCAAGGAACCGAAGCUGCUUUGUUGCUGCUUAUUCAUCAUGUCUUGCUGAUGCUUUCCUCCCUCUUUUCAUUAUGAAAAUAAACCGUAUGCCAUCUCUUUCAUUUCCACUUUCUAAACUAGCAUUUUGCAAGAGAUAAUUUGUCCCCCACGUUUCCUUCUUGUUUACAUCUGCCCUUUUAUUGUGUCGAUGUUCUAUGGCCCACACUACCUGAGGCCUGUUUUUCAGUGGGUUAAAAGGGUUAUGUUGGCUUCGCCUCUUCGCCUCUUCGCCUCUUCGCCUCUUCCUUUAUCUCUUCUACCAGCUUUAGGUCUCAGGGUCAUCCCACUGACAAUAAUGAAGCUAGGUAGACCUGACCAUCACCAUUAUUUGACCAUUCUACCUCUGACUUCUGAACCCGCCUGCCGUCUUUUAUAAUUUGGAUGAUACAUAUAUGUCUGCUGAAGACCACAGGUGGCCGCCGGGAUAAUCCCGCAACACGCGCUUGCUGCUGUAGUAAUCCCUGAAGGAAUGUCACACUCCUUGAUAAAUCCUGUCAAUAAAGGCGUGUUAUGCAGCGAGGUACAGAUCGGUGACCGGGGAUAAUUGACGGAUGGGCGCAUGACAACGUGCUGUGGAGGAGGAGACAAUGUGGGAAAAAGAGGAGACGCCACUGGAUCUUUGGUUUCAUUCAGAAUAAAUAAUGAUGCUGUGUUUUAAUGUUGACUAUUUUAAAACAUAACAUUCGAAUAAGGAAACAACACAAAUUGGUGUUGUUUCCUUAUUUUGACUAGAACCUGAUUUUUUUUUUUUUGUCUCUGGUAAAGACUGUAUAUAUUUCUAUUUUCAACCAGUUAACUGAUUUCUUAAUUGGAUUUUAUUUGUGUAUUAAAAAUACUCAGUGGAUAUAUUCAUAUUUUAAUUAUAAUGUUUAACAUUAUAAAUGUUUUUCAAGUCUUCAUGCAAAAUAUGUGUUGUGAAAUGUUCCAUAAGAUAAG